AGGACAAACAUUAACGGAGAAUUACAUAUUUUUAAAAAAUCCUUCCUAGAAUUGAGAGGGUCCCUGUGGGUGAAUCCAAUCAAUCAGUGGAACAGCUUUGCCUCCAGGAAUUGUGGGAGCUCCAACAAUGGGAUUUUCUAAAGAGGAGACUGCACAGCUGUUUGUCCAGAACCGUAUCGGGUCUCCUGCUUGGAGAGGUGGUCCUUCCAACUCCCAUUCCGUAAUUCUGUCCGAACUUCAGGAUCCUUUAAGACUCCGCACGUAGCGAAACUUCACGUGCUAAAUAGUUUUACAUUGCAUGUAAUCAGUGGAAACAUCUGGCAGAUGCCUGAGGCAGAGACAGGACAAGCCUGUUUUUCGACCUCCGAGGACGAGACGGUGGCCAGAUAGGCAGCAUCCGCGAUUAGAAAGCCAACACAAGAGCGGCAUCUGUCGGAGCUAAAAGGAACUGAAACCAUCGAGUACUGUGUUGCUAGACAGGAUGGGGGGGAGAGGAAAGGAGACGCGCAGAGGAACUUCCUCUUCCGGAUCUCUCAUGGGAGGAAGGUGGCGUGCAGAGGGUUAUUUCUGCUCUUCCAAGGAUCAAAGCAUCAGCUGGAAGACAAAGAGGAUGGCUAUAACAGCACUCCGGAUGACUGAGAAUAACAAGCAACAUUGAAAAGGAAAGCAAAUCAAGCCAGAAAUCAAAGUAUUUUCCAUUUCCAACUGAUUAGGGGCAAAAGGCAGUUCCUCUUCCUCCCCACUGACUGGCUGCAGCUUCAUGCUUUCCCCAAGCAAAGCCUCAGGACUCCUGCUGCAGCUGUGCUUCAGCCAAAUCCUUGUCAGACAACUGACUGGAGCCAUUGAUCAACUCCCCUACAGAUGUGCCAGGAAGUGGUUCAUCUUCCUCUGAACUGACAUCUGAAGAGUGAUCUGGGAAAGCAUCUGAAGGAGUCAUAACAGGCAGACAGUAAUACAGGUCUUGAACUGGGAGGAAGAAAACGGCUGCAAUCAAAGCAAACUAAAGGGGAUCACACACAUUUUUGAUCUCCUCAAUAAUUUCAGUGGUGGAAAAGCUCCAUAGAUGUGCCUGUUGUGUGGAAAGCACAGAUUGCAAAUCACAACUGAUAAUGCAUAAGAUGAUCCACACUGGAAAAAAGCCAUAUUAAUGCUACAAAUGUGACAAAAGCUUUUGUCAGAAUAGUUUUCUUGUGGUUCCUAGAAAGACCCAUAGAGGACAGAUGCCCUACAUCUGCUCUCAAUGUGGUAAAUACUUUCACAAGCAUGGCAAUCUGGUGGUACAUCAGAGGACUCACAACAGGGAGAAAUCAUGUGAGUGUCCAGUUUGUGGAAAAUGUUUCAUUGCAAAUUCCCACCUGGUGAGACACCAGAGGACUCACACAGGAGACAAACCCUUUAAAUGUCCUGAUUGUGCAAAACAUUUUUGUGACAAUUAUACCUUGGUGAGACACCAGAGAACUCACUCAGGAGAGAAACCCUUUGAAUGUCCUGAUUGUGCGAAACGUUUCAGUCAGAAUUCCUACCUGGUGAUACACCAGCGGAUUCACACAGGAGAGAAACCUUAUGAGUGUCCAGUUUGUGGAAAAAGUUUCCUUGAAAAUUCCCACCUGGUGAGACACCAGAGGACUCACACAGGAGAGAAACCAUAUGAGUGUCCUGAUUGUGGGAAACGUUUCCUUACAAAUUUCCACCUGGUGAUCCACCAGAGGACUCACACAGGAGAGAAACCAUAUGAGUGUCCACAGUGUGGGAAACGUUUCAGUCAGAAUUCUGACCUGGUGAUCCACCAGAGGACUCACACAGGAGAGAAACCAUAUGAGUGUCUGGAGUGUGGAAAAAGUUUCAAUCAGAAUUCCAACCUGGUGAGACACCAGAGGACUCACACAGGAGAGAAACCAUAUGAGUGUUCACAGUGUGGGAAAUGUUUCAGUACCAAUUCCAGUCUAGUAAUACACCAGAGGACUCACACAGGAGAGAAACCUUAUGAGUGUCCAGUUUGUGGAAGAAGUUUCAUUUCAAAUUCCCAAUUGGUGAAACACCAGAGGACUCACACGGGAGAGAAACCAUAUGAGUGUCCACAGUGUGGGAAAAGUUUCAGUCAGAAUUCCAACCUGGUGGACCACCAGAGAACUCACACUGGAGAGAAACCCUUUGAAUGUCUUGAUUGUGGGAAAAGUUUCAGUUACCAAUCUAAUCUUCUGAUACAUCAAAGGACUCAUACUGGAGAGAAACCCUUUGAAUGUCCUGAUUGUGGGAAAAGUUUCAGUCACAAUUCCAGUCUAGUAAUACACCAGAGGACACACACUGGAGAGAAACCCUUUGAAUGUCCUGACUGUGGGAAAUGUUUCAUUCAGUGUUACAGCCUGGUGAUACAUCAAAAGUAUCACAUUGGAGAGAAGCCAUUUGAAUGUCCUGAAUGUGGGAAAAGUUUCAUUCAGAAUUCACACUUGUUGAGACACCAGAGGACUCAUACUGGAGAGAAACCCUUUGAAUGUCCUGAUUGUGGGAAAUGUUUCAGUCAGAAUUUUGACCUGGUGAACCACCAGAGGACUCACACAGGAGAGAAACCUUACGAGUGUUCAGUUUGUGGAAGAAGUUUCAUUUCAAAUUCCGCCCUGGUGAAACACCAGAGGACUCACACAGGAGAGAAAUCAUAUGAGUGUUCAUAGUGUGGGAAAAGUUUCAGUCAUAAUUCCAACCUGAUGAACCACCAGAUGACUCAUAUUGGAGAGAAACCCUUUGAAUGUCCUGAUUGUGGGAAACGUUUCAGUCUCAAUUCCAGUCUAGUAAUACACCAGAGGACACACACUGGAGAGAAACCCUUUGAAUGUCCUGACUGUGGGAAAAGUUUCAUUCAGAAUUCACACUUGGUGAAACACCAGAGGACUCACACAGGAGAGAAACCGUAUGAAUGUCCAUAGUGUAAGAAAAGUUUCAGUUACUCUUCUGUGCUUGUGAAAAACUGGAGGACAGAUGCAG